AUGCUGCUAGCUGCGCCUCUAGUAACUAUAAUUGGCUAUUUUGACCAUGAGCCCAAUCUCAAAUCAAAGCCCUCGACUUGUGUCAUUGCUUCGAAUGAUCAAAUCUUUGAUGAUCUUGAUAGCACUGAUGACCCGGACAGCCCAGAGGGUAACUGGUACGAAUAUCCUGAAAGGUUUCGCGCCAUAUACUGCGUCACCAUCUUCUCAGCGUACUCUCUUUUGGUCAUCGUUGUCGCAAGUCAAGGCACAUUCAACAAACUGGACAGAUCCACGGUGAUUGCCGAAUUCCAAUUCAUUUGGAUGUAUCUCAUCCUGGCAUUCACCGGAACUUACGGAGUGAUUCUGUUCUCCUUGAUGAUCGGGAGUCUUGGCUCCAAGGGGUUCCGAAUUGGUCGCGUUGUGUUGCAGAGCAUCAAUUGGGCUAUGUUCUUUUUGGCCUCGUUCAGCAUCUCAGUUGAUCCGGAAUUCCCUUUUAUGACGAAUGUGUGGCGUCUGUGUGCUCAACCCCUGGCUUACGCUUUUUAUGUGGUGUGUGCCAUUUCAUGA